CAGUUAUUCUACAUGGGUCUCCGGUCAUGAAAGAGAAUUCUGAGCUCUGACGAUAUCAGCAAAGUGAUUGUGUGACGUCAUGGCAGUUUCACAACAUUGCAUCACACGUAGCCAACGCAAAAUAAUGAAACGGAUAGGGUUGGAAGAGAACACUCUUCAGGAAUACAUCAGACACAAGGUGGUUCUGGAAUUCUAUACUGCCAAAUUGUUCAGGACAACAUACUAGAUAUUCUUAUUGAAAAAAAAAAAAAAAACUACAUCAUGACCGAAAGCUCUAUGGAGGAACAGGUGAAUUCAGACGACCAAUCAGAAGUUAGCACUCAGACAAUCCCACCAAUCAAAGACCUCCGUCUGGGAAAGAGACUGGCGUACCUGUUAAGGUAUGGAGCUGAAAAGGAGGGGCUACAGGUGAGGGAAGGAGGUUUUGUAGACAUAGAUGAGUUGAUGACAGUCCCUCUCCUGAGACAUCACCAGAAACAGGAGGUACUGAGGGAGGUGAGAGAGUCGACCAGCUACAGGGGACACAAACGGUUUGAGGAAAGACCAGAAAAGGACAGAACACUUGUCAGGGCGCUGUAUAGGAGGAGGUUUGAGAGGAAUCCUUACCAUGAUGGCACCAAGGUCCCGCGGCUGUUGGAAGUGUGUAUGGAGUUUGUGUGUAACAACAUCAAACAGUUCGACUUGGAGUGCUUCCAGGAUGACUUCAUUGUCAACUGCAUGCUGCACAAGUUGCGGAGAAGACGUCAACUGACCAACGCCGUUCUCCGUAGCCUGCUCAGCCGUUCCCUGGACAGUCUGGACCUCCAUGACAUGUACUUCACUAACGGCACCGCCAGAAUCCUCGUACAGAAAUGUCCCGAGCUUCGCAAGCUUAGCCUGAGGGAUGCUGGGUACGCGGUGAACGAUCAGGUGGUCACCAUGCUGGUCAAGAACCUGCCAAACCUGAUCAGUCUGAACCUGAGCGGCUGUAAACAGGUCACACAGAGGUCACUUCAGGUCAUCAACAAAUACAUACCCCUCAUUCAGCACCUGAACCUUGGUAUGAUACCACUGACUCAGGAAAGUCUGGUAGACUUUGUGGAAAAGUCAUGUGAACUUUUACACUUGGACGUCUCAGAGAACGGUUUACUAAUGGAAGAAGGUGCCAAACUGCUGGCUGCAAUAUGUCUUAGUAGAAAUAUCACAUUUGUUUCACACUUUAAGUUUUGA